UUUAUCACUUAACGAAGAAGAUAUUUUUGAAAGUAUAUUUUAUAGUAAACAUGAAUAAUGAUACCAAAAAGUGGUAAAUAUGAAAAUUUCUAUUUUUCUUCAUCAGCGAUCAAAAUUUUGAAAAAAAUUGUUUUCCUAAACUUUAGAAAAAUCUACUAGCAAUUCUCUAGAAUAUACCUAAAAAGUUUUUGUCACAAGUAUAGUUUUUAAGAAUCAAAAUGACCAAAAGAUUAUAUUUAAGGGUAUAUUUUUGGGUUUAUGGUUUAGAAUUUAGGAUUUAGAGUUUAUGAUUUAGAGUUUAGAGUUAAGGCGUGGGAUUUUGGGGGUAUGAUUUCAAAUUUUAAAAACUAAAAAAUAUUAAAAAUUUUAAAAUAUAAAAGUCUAUUUUGAUCGUUUUAUUUGUUUAGGUCUAUUUUUGUGACAAAUUUUUUUAAAAAUGUCUAUUUGAGAGAAUUUUUCAAAAUCUAUUUGUGAAAAAAAUUGAUCGGCAAAAAACCGAGUUUUACAAAAUCUAAAAAUUUUGAUUGGAUUAAAAAUAAAUUUUUGGAAAAACAAAAAUGAAAAACUAAAUAAACUAAACACAAACAAAAAAUCAACACCUAAGUAUAGAUAGCAAUGGCAGCUUCAGGAUCAGACCACGGAGACACUUGUAACAACGCAAUACACCACAAGACCCUAGCGGAAUCGAAAUUCAACAGCGGCUACUUGACUUCAGCUCUGAAUCACGCGCGUAAAGCUCUCGCCUUGUCUCCGGACACGGAAGGUGUAUCCUCCAUGGUCACCGCCUCCGACGGAGAUGCGCCGGAGUGGUACAAGAUUCUAAAGGUAGAGCCUUUCUCUCACAUCGAUGCUAUAAAGGAACAGUAUAGGAAGCUAGCUUUGGUGUUGCGUCCUGAUGAGAAUCGGUAUGUGGGGUGUGAGGAAGGGUUUAGGCUUGUGAAUGAGGCUUUUGAGGUUUUGUCUGAUAAGGUUAGGAGGAGUGAGUAUGAUAUGAAGUUGAGGAUUAGGGUUCAGGGCGAGAUUGGUGCUUGUGAUGGUGAAACGUCGACGGUUUCGAAUGGAGCUUGUUCUUCCAAGAUUAUAACUUAUACGAGGAGGAAGAAGCGCGUUGGUGAGGGUGGUGUGAGUCUGAGAAGAGGGAGUGAGGCAGGGGAGAUGAGAGAGGAGGAAGCAGAAGCUUUAGAUAGACAUGAGAGGUUGGAUGAAGAAGAUGAAGGGAUGAUGACUCUAGCUGAAAUGCAAUCAGUUUUGAAGAGAAAGAAACCGAAGGUGAAGUUGAAGAUCACUGAGGAAAAUAGCACUAGAGUCUCUAGAGAAGAACAUGAGCUAUCUUCCGGUGAUGACACUUUGAUGGAGAUGAGUACUAACAAGGAGAAAGAAGCUUUAAAGAAUAAGAGUAAUAAAAAGAAGAAGAAGAAGACGAACAACAAGGAGUUAAGUGAGAUAGUGGACUUAGAAUACGUCCCACGGGUUAAUAGGAAGAGGGAUUGUGGUAAGUUGAACCAAGAAAACUACAUGGCAGACGAGGAUUGUGAAUUGUAUGAUUUUGAUAAAGACAGGAUGCCUAGAAGCUUCAAGAAAGGGCAGGUUUGGGCGGUGUACGAUGGUGGUGAUGAUGACAGAAUGCCUCGGAGUUACUGUUUGGUUAGUGAAGUCGUCUCUUUGAACCCUUUUAAGGUAUGGAUGAGCUGGUUAGAUUUUGAGAGGGAGAAACUGAUCUCUUGGGUGAAGAUCAGUUCUUGUGGGAGGUUCAGGGUUUCAGAGAAAGCUUUGGUUGAACAAGUGAAACCCUUCUCUCACGUUGUCAACUGCGAGAGGGUUGCACGAGAAGUAUACCAGAUAUAUCCUAGGAAAGGCUCGGUCUGGGCUGUUUACUCUGAGAUAAACUCAGGUCUUCAGAGGAGAAAGACCAGACGCUAUGAGAUUGUUGUGUGUUUGACUAUGUAUAGCGAUGCGUAUGGCUUGAGUGUAGCCUAUUUGGAGAAGGUUAACGAGGAGUCUAGCAACUUGUUCAAGAGACGGGAUUACGGGUGUAAUGCGGUCAGGUGGGUUGAGAAAGAUGAUGUUGCGGCCUUGCUCUCUCAUCAGAUUCCGGCUAAGAAGCUGCCGGAAGAUCAAGCUCGAGCUGGUUCGAGAGAGUCUUGGGUGCUUGAUCUUGCUUCUGUUCCUCCUGAUUUGGUUGCUGCCACUUAGUAAACAUAGAGGUGCUUCUUCUUUUCUUUUGUUUCUACUUAUCAUGCAGGAUAGUAAGCAAAAGAGGAUGGUGUGUAGACCAUUUUUGGUUUCUCUUAAAAGAUGUGAAGAUUCUGAUCAAUGAGGUAAGAAAAAACAAUUACAAGAAAGGGACUAAGAUCUAAAUCAUAUGGAUCAUCAAUCAUGUUGUUGGAUAAAACUCUUAUGAUGAUUUUUCGAUG